AUGGAAUCGUUACUGCCAACGGAGCGAAGGCUUAUUCCUCACCCCGCGUAUAGUUUCUGCUUCAUCUACUACAAGGAUGCCGAGUCGGUCACCACGGCCUCCGAGAACGUUAACGGGACCUUCUGGUACGGCCGCCGCAUCGUUGCCAAGCCCCAGGAGCCUCGCGAUAGGACCUCUGAGCCUCAACGCCGCGGCGAACGAGCGAACCGCCCGCCCCGCGUCGGCCGGGUCCACGAUGGCUCACCCACCACCACGCUGUACGUCGGCAACAUUUCUUUCCAGUCCUCGGACGCGGAUCUGAACAACCUCUUCUCAACUCUUGAUGGCGUCAAGGACGUGCGCGUUGCUGUGGACCGCGCGACAGGCUGGCCGCGCGGCUUCGCGCACGCCGACUUCGUCAGCGUCGAGGCUGCCACAGCUGCCCUGGAAUCGCUCAAGGGCGCGCGGAUCCUCGACCGCGAACUGAAGGUUCAGUUCGCGCCGCCGUCCCUAAAGGAGACGGACCGCCACGAUCGCAUGUCUCAGAAGUCCAAGUCGCGCGGCCACAAUUCGCAGGCGGAAGUUGAGCAGCGCGUCGAGGCUGAGCACGAGCAGGCCGAGGAGGCUCAGAAGGAGCAGAAGCCUGAGGCCGGCAAGCAGGACAUGAACUGGAACGCCUAA